AUGGCGCGCGCUCGGCUGCUCGUCGCGUGGGCGGUGCUGAAGGCGGCCGUGGCGCGGACUGGUUCCUGGGACAGGCCAAGACAUCCAGAGCUCGACGCCGGCCACGGCGUCGCGGAGAGUCGCGCCCAAAGCGGUGCGUUGUCUGCGAUUGCAGCCAGCAGGGUUUCGACGGCUGUCACGCUCCUGCCUGCAUGGUCGGGAGCGACGGGAGUGGCGCUGGGAGGGGCGCCACAGUGGGAGGACCGCCGGCCGGCGAGCGCCACACUUCGUCCCGCAGUGACGUUGGUGCCACUGGGCCAGACGUGCUACGAUGCGGGCUUGCAAGACGUCGGGGCUUCUGAUUAUUGUUUCGACACAGCAGCGCCCUAUCUCGGUAUCUUCCCCGCCCAAAGGAGUUAUAUCCCAGGGUCGGUUUUUAGGGUCAGCUGUGUCUACGAAGCCAGCUCGGACACCAUGAUCUUUUCGCAGGCAUCUGGCGCGCAGACCUCGGGAUCUUCCGAAUAUCAGUUCCUCUGCAUCGGGACAUACACAACUACGGCCACGCACACUUCUAUUAUGGGCACUUCCCUGACCAUCAGCUUGACGACGACCGCGACAGCCACGACCACCUCCCACGUGAACUACGUGCUUCUGGAAACUGGUAAGACUUGCCACGAGGCUGGCAUGGAAGAUGUCACCACCAGUGCAGAGUGUUUCGGACUUGCUAGACAACAUUUCAAUUUUAAGUCUGCUGCGACGUCCGAUUUUUCAGGCAACGGCUUCGCCUUCACAUGCGUGUUUCACACCACGGACUCGGAGAUAUAUUUCGCGGACUCUAGCUCCGAAGGCGCCACCGGCUACUCGUACUACCGAUACAUUUGCAGGGGUGUCUUGACGACGACCGGCACCACCACCACCACCACCACGGCCCCGAUUGUAUUUCCGACCGGCAGCAGCCAGAUAGCGUUGAUGACAAAUUUGACUGUCGACCACGUGGACGGCCGCCGGAUGGCGGUCGCAUGCGACAUUGGAUAUAAUGACACAUGUGAUGGUCAGGAGCACUGGUAUGCCUGCGGUUCGGGAUGUGUGAGCGGCCAAUACUGGACGCAUUGGAAUUGCUAUUGUUGCUGCGAGCAGUUGGGCGUGAAGCUCGUGGCCGCGGACGCGAACGCCUCCGACUACUUCGGGAUAUCGGUGGCCGUGAGCGCCGACGGGGCCCGGGUGGUGGUGGGGGCCUAUGGGGACGACGACGCUGGGGCCGAGUCCGGGUCUGCCUACGUGUUCGACGGGGCCAGCGGCGCGCAGCUGGCGAAGUUCGUGGCCGCGGACGCGGCCGCCAACGACAACUUCGGGUUAUCGGUGGCCGUGAGCGCCGACGGGGCCCGGGUGGUGGUGGGGGCCAAUGGGGACGACGACGCUGGGUCCCUCUCCGGGUCUGCGUACGUAUUCGACGGGGCCAGCGGCGCGCAGUUGGCGAAGCUCGUGGCCGCGGACGCGGCCGCCUCCGACUAUUUCGGGCGCUCGGUGGCCGUGAGCGCCGACGGGGCCCGGGUGGUGGUGGGGGCCUAUGGGGACGGGUGGACCUCCGGGUCUGCGUACGUGUUCGACGGGGCCAGCGGCGCGCAGCUGGCGAAGCUCGUGGCCGCGGACGCGGCCGGCUACGACUACUUCGGGUUCUCGGUGGCCGUGAGCGCCGACGGGGCCCGGGUGGUGGUGGGGGCUUAUGGGGACGACGACGCUGGGUCCCUCUCCGGGUCCGUGUACGUGUUCGACGGGGCCAGCGGCGCGCAGUUGGCGAAGCUCGUGGCCGCGGACGCGGCCUCCGGCGAUUACUUCGGGUCAUCGGUGGCCGUGAGCGCCGACGGGGCCCGGGUGGUGGUGGGGGCCUAUAGGGACGACGACACCGCGUUAUCCUCCGGGUCCACGUACGUAUUCGACGGCGCCGGCGGCGCGCAGCUGGCGAAGCUCGUGGCCGCGGACGCGACCACCUCCGACUACUUCGGGUUCUCGGUGGCCGUGAGCGCCGACGGGGCCCGGGUGGUGGUGGGGGCCUAUGGGGACGACGAUGCUGGGUCACAGUCCGGGUCGGCGUACGUGUUCGACGGGGCCAGCGGCGCGCAGUUGGCGAAGCUCGUGGCCGCGGACGCGGCCUUCUCCGACAGCUUCGGGUACUCGGUGGCCGUGAGCGUCGACGGGACUCGGAGCCCGAACUACCCUCAGAUCUACGGUGCAAGCCAGGCGUGCAGCAUCGCCGUACCCCUCGCCGUGGCAGUUCCCAUCACUGUGGAGAGUUUCACCACAGAGCAAUGUUGUGACAAGCUUACCGUCAAUGGAGUGGUCUAUUCUGGGAAUUCUGGCCCCAGUGGCGUGACCCCCUCAGGGAGUAUUUCCUGGACUUCGGACUCAAGUAUUCAGAAGUCCGGGUGGAGGCUGUGCAUGGCGGGCGCCAGCUUCAACGCGUCGCAGCCCACUCCAGCUCCGCAGCCCACGCCAGCUUCAACGUCGCAGGGCGUGAAGCUCGUGGCCGCGGACGCGGACGCCGUCGACUACUUCGGAAAAUCGGUGGCCGUGAGCGCUGACGGGGCCCGGGUGGUGGUGGGGGCCUACUACGACGACGACGCUGGGUCCGCCUCCGGGUCCGCGUACGUGUUCGACGGGGACAGCGGCGCGCAGCUGGCGAAGCUCGUGGCCGCGGACGCGGCCGCCUUCGACUACUUCGGGCGCUCGGUGGCCGUGAGCGCCGACGGGGCCCGGGUGGUGGUGGGGGCCUCCGCCUUGUCACAGUCCGGGUCUGCGUACGUGUUCGACGGGGCCAGCGGCGCGCAGUUGGCGAAGCUCGUGGCCGCGGACGCGGCCGCCUCCGACUCCUUCGGGCGCUCGGUGGCCGUGAGCGCCGACGGGGCCCGGGUGGUGGUGGGGGCCAAUGGGGACGGCGACGCCGGGUCCGCCUCUGGGUCUGCGUACGUGUUCGACGGCGCCAGCGGCGCGCAGCUGGCGAAGCUCGUGGCCGCGGACGCGUCCGCCUCCGACUACUUUGGAGAAUCGGUGGCCGUGAGCGCCGACGGGGCCCGCGUGGUGGUGGGGGCCAAUGGGGACGACGACGCUGGGUCCGCCUCCGGGUCUGCGUACGUGUUCGACGGGGCCAGCGGCGUGCAGCUGGCGAAGCUCGUGGCCGCGGACGCGGCCUUCUCCGACAGCUUCGGGUACUCGGUGGCCGUGAGCGCCGACGGGGCCCGGAGCCCGAACUACCCUCAGAACUACGGUGCAAGCCAGGCGUGCAGCAUCGCCGUACCCAUCACGGUGGCAGUACCCAUCACGGUGGUGAUGGCGUAA